AUGGCUCUUUCGUUCACUUCAACUUCGGCGGCUGUUACUUCUGCUGGCGCCUCUCCUACCGGUUCAUUAUUUCCUACCGCAUCCCAAACGUCUCCUACUUUCUCCCCAGAUAGCGCCAGCAUAUUCCUUUGUGGCGAUCGCGCCUUCAGACCUUCGGAAUACACCUGCUACGAUGGCUCGACACUUUGCCCUGUACAGGGGGGUGGCCGUUUCGAGUCCUGCGGAGGUUCCUGCUACGAUCCCGGGCUCUACGGCUGCGUGAGUGGUGGGCUCCAGCCCAUAGUCGAUGGCAAGUUUCUCGAUGGCAUGACCCCAUCCCACACAAUAGCAGUGCCUGUCACGCAAUGGCCAAGCAACGUGCCUACUCCGUUGCUUUCGUCAAUAUCAAGCAGUAGUCCAACUACUUCACCUACCUCGUCAAGAACAUCCUCUACUCUCUCCACCUCAACCAGAUCCUCCUCCACUUCCUCAAAAACAUCAUCCAAGUCCUCGUCUACGUCUUCAUCCACUUCAUCAACCGCUUCUUCGACAUCCUCCUCCUCCUCCUCUUCCUCCGCCUCUGCUUCCGCAUCAUCAUCCUCGACCGCCGCUCCGACCAGGGACGACGACAACGGCAAUGGCCUUUCAACCAACCAGAUCGCGGCCAUUGCCUCGUCAAUCUCAGCAGCCGCCGUAAUCUUCAUCAUGGCCGGAUUCUUCCUCUUCCGCCGACACAAGAGCCAAACGGCGCGCGCCUCGCAGCAAGUCUACCCGGAGCUGGCCUACCUCUACGACCCGCCCGUCCCGGGCUCCGAAAACGGAUCACGCGGGGCGCUGCCCAGCGGCGCAUCUCCACGAACCCCUGGUGGAGGAGGAGGAUCAGGAGAGCCCGUCGGGCCGUUCGGCGUGGGCGGGCCUGGUGGAAGUGAUGGGGAUGAUGAUGGUGCGACAGGGGCGGGUGCCACGGCGCUAGGCGCGACACUGCGUGGUGGCGGCGGCAGCAGCGACCAGCGUUCCAGCUCACCCGAAGGCCGGUCGGCCGGCAGCCGGAGCAGCAGCGUCGGCUCCGUAGUGUCGUUCCUCGGUCCCGGGGGACGGCCGCCCGUCAUGGGCGAGGGCAUGGCGGCCCUGAACGGAUCGAGCUCUGGCUCGUCGAACGCAGCGCUGCUCGCUGCUUCGGCCAGGCGCGACAGGGAAGCGGGCAACGGCAGCCCGCUCGCGCCGGUUCCUUCGAGAUCGGACGACGAGAACGCGGCGAAUGGGGAGGAGGCACGGCCGUUCCUGACGGCCGCCGGUGCCGUGGCGGCGGGAGGGUCGUCGGGAGCAUCGUCCAGGGACAGGAGCGCGGAAAGGGGAGGAGCGGUGACGACGCAUCAGCGAGACGAGACGGCGCUGUGGAAUGGUGAAGAGAUGGACCGAGAGCUGGGAGAGCGGCUGCACGAGCAGCAGGUCGAGGAAGCGCGACAGAGACGCGAGCGGGCGCGCGCCUUCCUGCUGCAGGCCAAGGAGCGUCAGGAGCAGCGCAUCCCGAUGCCCAGCCACGCGCCUGCCAAUGGGGAGUCGUCCGCUGGAAUGACAGCGGCAGCGGCUGGGGCAGCAGCAGUCGGUGGUGCUGCUGCAGCCCUUGCAUCCAAAGGCCAGCAGCGUAACGCCACCAACCCGAAGCUCCAGCACAUGCAGUCCCGCGAGCAGCAGUGGUGGCAGCAGCCCUCAUCACCCACCGCGACCUCUCCCACACAGUCCUCCGGCGCCGCCUUCUUCCCUCCGCCGGCCGCAACCCACGCGAACCAGGGUUACUAUCCCAUCUACCCACCCAUCUCCCUAACCUACCCACGCUCCGGUCCCAUCCUGACCUCCCAGCACAUCGAGGCCAACCGCCUGGAACAAGUCCAGCACGCCCGUGCGACCGCCGCCGCCGCCUCCUCGCCGCCCACAACCACCACCGCCUACCCUACUUUCCACCGCCCGGGCCCCAACAACUACCCAGCGCCGUCCAACUGGCAGCAGUCCCCCAAUGGCAGCUACACCUACACCAACAACGGCGCGACAGCAGCCGCCGCCGCCGCCUCCGUGAGAGGCCGUCCGUUCUUCCACCAAAACACGUCGUACGUCCCGCCGCACCGCGCGACCAUCGACAACUACUCGUCGCUGAGCAGCCCCAACAACAAUAACGGCUUCGGCCCAAUCGUCAACGCGCCCCGCCGCGGCAGCGCCGGCAGCAUCCAGAGCGGAUCCGUCUACUCGACCAUCCCGGAAGAGGAAAGCCACCCGCCCCAGCGACCCCAGCAGCAGCAGCAGCGCAAGCAGAGCCUGCAGUCCAUCAUGCGCCAGAUGAACUCCCUGGACGAAGAGGACUCGGAGGGCGACGAGGGCCAAGGCUUCCUGCAGGCGCCGCGCCGCGUGCUCAGCGUACGGAAUGGCGCCGUGACGCCGAGUACGGAUGGCGAGGAGGAUGAGAGGGAUGGUGGGGCGAGGAGAAGCGGUGGUGCGAAGAAGGAGGUGAGGUGGGCGAGGGAUGAUGGUGUCGAGAGGAAUCUGAUAUAA